AUGCGGAGGUUACUUAUCCUGAUACCGUUUUCUUGUUCUGCGUUACGCAGUUCAUUAUCAGGCGAAUACAACUCGACGAAGUAUGGAACAUCGGCAGGCUACGAAAUCGCGUCAGACAUGCUGAGAACCUCUAUAAACUUCUCGGUUGAUCCUUGCAUGGAUUUUUUCAAGUUCACAUGCGGCAACUGGUUAGCGAACCAUCCAAUUCCUAGAGACAAAAGCCGUUAUUCACAAUUUAUGAAUCUCUCUGAUAAAGUGGCGAAGGAAAUGCGCGAGAUAUUUGAGUCAAAGGAAAUGUUUGGUUCUAAUUCGAUGAACACUCUCAAAACAGUGUACACCAAGUGCAUGAAUAAAAAAGAAUUGAACGCCAUUGGCUCCAAAAAGCUGAUCGCGAGCAUCAAGAACUACGGUGUGUGGCCGAUAUUGGAUGGGGAACACCAAUGGCGCGUGAAGGAUUUCGACUUGACUUCGCUUCUGGUCCACAUCUCAGAAAUGCGUGGGGUAGAUGUGUUCAUCAAGAACUAUGUCACUCUUGACUGUUGGAACACCUCGCGUUGGCUCAUCAAGAUUGACCAAGGUGACCUUGGACUUGGAGACUCCACGCGCGAUUACUACUUGGACAAGGAAAAACAUGAGGAAAAGAUCUCCGCAUACAGGAAGUUUCUUAUCAGUAAGGUAGCACUUUUUCUUGAAGACUCCAACCUACCUAAGAGUGGAACAAAAAUAGCUGAAGAUGUUGACGAAAUCAUUGAUUUCGAAACAAAUUUGGCGGAAAUUCUUGUUCCGGAUGAGCACCGAACAAAUCAAAGCGAGCUAUGCAAUCUUCGUCGACUUAACGACCUGCAAACGCUGAUGCCCUUGGUGGACUGGAGACGAUAUUUCCAUUCUGUUGCACCUCAAGUUGUUCACGACUAUUUCGCCUCAAAUCCAGAAAUCAUCAUCGCGGAAAUUGAUUUCAUGAGGAGAAUCACAAAACUCUUGCAAUUGACGGACCCUCGAGUUAUAACUAAUUACAUAUACAUGCGCUAUUCAUCUGCUUGGGCUAGAGAACUGGGAGAUCGUUACGAAGAUAUUUCUCAGUGUGCUCCGAAAGAAAAGAAAACGCCCUACUAUCGUGCACGUGCCGCAUCCACGAUCGAGCGGUCGAAGAUCAAUGGGCUCUCCUCAGCAGUCUGUUUAAGUAAGCUAAAAAUGUUCUGCUCGGGAGGUUACCACAAGAUGUUUGUUCCGAAGUUGUUUUCACCCUCAGCAAACACCGCAAUUGGCACUUUUAUCGUUAACUGUUGGGUCCUUGAUGCCGAACACAAGGAUCAAAUUCGAGGAAAUCCGUGUUAUCGUGUUCUGUUCUCAUUUAAAAUGACGCACUUAACUAACGAUGGAACUGUGGAGCGGAUGCUAAAAAUGAGAUUUAUCGUAUGCAUGGGGGCUCUUCUGCCAGGAAUCGGUUGCUACUUCUGUAUCGCCUACACUUACAUCUUCCAGUUCAAUCUCAUUGCAAACUUCACUCAGAGUGAUCAGUGCCCUGGAGUUCACUCGAUGUUACCUCCCGUUUCUUACGCUAUUGGCAUUUGGGAGCCACAACGUUACGUUUGGCUCUUCAUCAUGUUUCUGCACUGUCCGCUGCGGAUGUUCUUCGUGAUUUUGUACCGGCGAGCUUUCCGAAAUGCUGCUCCAAAAUCGACGGCUUAUCGGCGAGUGAUCUAUUUCUACACGAAGACUAUGUGGUCGGAGUUGUUCGGGCUUGUGGCCGUCUCCAUCUUAGAUAUAAAAUGUAAUUUUGUGAUACAUGCUAUAGCAUACGCAAUCUGGAUCAUCUCCUUCAAUUUCAAUAUGUUAUUCAACACUAUUUUGCAUCAUUUUGGAGGGAUUCGCGAAACGUCACAAAAGUACGAAGUGAUCUGGCGGAUCAAAGCAUUCACAUUCGUCACUGGUCUUCUUCUAUCGCUCUCGACCGCCGUCUCAUAUCCACUAUUUCUCGCGUACUGCAUUCCUCAAGCGUAUGUGGCAUUCUCCGUCGCCGAGUACAUGCUCGUCGGGUACAACUCGUUCUUCUAUUGUCUUUCAUACUGGGAGUUUCCCAGAUGUCGACUAACGCUCGGAGUAUUUGACGCUCCGAAAAAAGUUCGAUGUGCUACCGUACCAUCAACUAUUGCAAAAGUACCGCUUUAA